AUAUACUUAUAUAGAUCUGAUCCCAUUUUUAGUUUCUGCUCAUCGAUCGAUCAUAUUAUAUUCCUUCUUUCCAGCACUGAGUUUUGGGUUACCUUAAGAGAUCAACAUGAGGAAAAGUUGCAAUCUGGAACUAGAACUUCGCCUUUCUUCUUCUGAUGAAUGUUCCAGCUCCCCUCAUCACCAAUCAAGUCAAGACCUGCAACAGCAACAGCAGCUAACCAUUUUCUACAGUGGAGUAAUGUGCGUUUCUGAUGUCACUGAGCUUCAGGCCAGAGCCAUUCUUUGUGCGGCAAACAAUGAGAUAGGGGAAACAGUGGUAAAGAUUAGUACCAUUCCAAGUCCGAGUCCAAGUGGGUCGUAUGAAUUAUCUUCACCAAGCCUGCACUACUCUCCACUAUGCAGCAGCCGUGUUUCAGCACGUGGUCUAUCCUCUAUGAAGAAGUCACUGCAAAAGUUUCUCCAAAAGAGAAAACAUCGGAGCCAAGCAACACAUCCCUACCAUAGACGAAUUGUAAAUUAGUUAAUUACAAUAAGAACAUUGUUAGCAGACAGCUCGAUCUGGAAAAUGGAUCCAAAGCAAAGCAGCUAGAUUGAAUCAUUCCAUUUCUUAAAAAGGGAGAAGUCGUGGGUGCCUAAAGCAUUUUCUGGGUGCCCAAAUCAAUUUUUUUAGGUCAAUUAUUGCAGGUUUGAUUAAUAUCCAUAUUUGUUAUAUACGACAAAAAAGAAAUUGAGUAUUAGUAUCCAUUAAUAUCCAUAUUCAAUAAAUGCUUUGAAUUGAUGUAA